AUGUCCCUCCCAAACCCGGUCGAUUCUGACACCAAAGUUCUCCAUCGGGUACACGAGGCUUACCGUGACAAUCCAGACAGAGAUACCGAAGGCUCUUCCAGCGAUGGUGCCGUUGACGCCGACUUCCAACAGGGAGUCCAGGACAUCGAGGCCGUGACUCUCGUGUGGUCCAAGACUUCCCUUCUCGUCGCCUUUGUUUUAAUAUGGCUUGUUUACUUCGUACAGGGACUGGUGGGAGGAAUCAGCGGUGCUUUACUUCCAUAUGUCACUUCCGAUUUCGCCAUGCACUCCCUUACGCCCACGACCAGCGUCAUAAGUUCCGUCAUAGGAGGAGUCACCAACCUGAGUAUUGCAAAGACUCUUGACAUCUUCGGUCGUCCUCAGGGCUUCAUAUUCUGCGCUACCCUUGCUACGAUCGGACUUAUAAUGUCGGCCGCUUGCAAUAACGUCGAGGCCUAUGCUGCAUCCCAAGUCUUCUAUACUGUUGGAAUAAAUGGUGUUGGCUACAGCCUUAGUGUUUUCAUCGCCGACACUACUUCUCUCCGAAACAGAGGGCUUAUCCAGUCCAUUUGUGCCUCCGCUAACAUUAUUACCGCCUGGCUUGGUGGUCCCAUUGCCAAUGCAUUUUUGGAUGGUCCUGGCUGGAGAUGGGCAUUUGGCAUGGAGAGUAUUCUUGUACCAGUGGUCACUAUUCCCUUGUUCGGCCUGUUCAUGUUUCACUAUCAUAGAGCCAACAAGCAAGGGCUUAUUCCAAACAGAGAGUCCAAGGGCUCGCUCCUCAACGCAACCCGGUACUAUGUCCGAGAAUUUGAUUUGAUUGGUCUCCUCAGCCUCUCAGCCGGAGUAGCCUUCUUCCUCCUACCUUUCAACCUCUAUACGAUGCAAGCAAAGGGCUUUGGGUCCCCCAUGAUCAUCUGCUUCUUCGUCGUCGGCAUCCUUCUACUCGUCGUCUUCGGUAUCUGGGAGAGGUUCUUUGCCAAGCUUUCGUUCAUCCCUUGGCGAUUCCUUCUUGACCGCACUGUCACCGGAGCUUGCAUUCUUUCGUUCACCAUGUUCUUCAGCUAUGGGUGCUGGGCUCUAUACUUCACCUCAAUACUUCAAGUUGUGAACGACUUGAGCAUUACCAAUGCAAGUUACAUAGUGUCUGCAUACACAGUCGCCAGCUGCUUGUUUGCCAUCUUUAUCGGAUGGCUUCUAUCGUACACCGGAAACUUCAAAGCUACCACCAUGUACGCCGCGCUUCCUCUUGUUACACUCGGAACAGGUCUUAUGGUCUACUUUCGUCAGCCAGACCAGAGUGUUGGUUAUAUCAUUUUGGCCCAAUUGAUCAUUGCAGCUGGAAGUGGCUCUAUCAUGAUCACCGCCGAGAUUGCUAUCCUUGCUGCUGUCAGUGAACAACAAUACUUUGCCAUCGCCAUUGCUCUGGUAUCAAUGUUUGGAAGCAUUGGACAGGCGGUUGGUUUGACAGUUUCCUCGGCAAUUUGGCAAGACAUCAUUCCAAGAAAGCUGGCAGAGUAUCUACCAGCAGAGGAUCUUCCAAAUCUUCCAAUCAUCGCCGCGGAUAUUGUUACCCAACUUUCUUUCCCAGUUGGCUCGCCCACUCGACUGGCGAUUCAGCAUGCCUAUGGAGACGCUCACAGGCUUUUGUUCAUUGCUGGUACGGUGGUCUUUGCUCUUGGUUUCAUCGGAACUGCUAUGUGGAAGAAAAUCAACAUCAAAGGCAUUAAGCAGACUAAGGGACGUGUGGCUUGA